GUUUCCGGGUGCACUUUCUAUCGCAAUCCGGUUUCUUGCGGUUCGGAAUAAGGACCGGGGGCGGGGGCGGGGGGUCUAUAAGAAAGCCCCAAAACCCGAACUCCAACAGGUUUUUCAAGCGAAUUUUUAGGUGGUCUUCACUCCGAUUGCAUAUGUCACGGGCCCACGUGGGUGCAUUGCACCGCGCUCAACGGUGGCGCGAUUCUGACUGAGUUAGCAUGCUAGCUAACAAAAUGUAUUUAUACUCCACCCAUCUCCAACGGGCUGUAGCGACUAGUCAAUAGUCCAUAGUUAGGGGUGAGCUGUAAAACCCAACUUCUCUAUUGGACUUUUCCGUUCAAUUCCUCCCCAUCCACCCGCUGGAAGAUUGUUGCAUUGGGAGGGCCAUAACAAGAAGAGUGUACUCUGGUAGGAACCCAGUUUUGGAUUCGGGAUUUAAGGCCCACAAGGGGGUUGGGGGUUUAAACCACAAUCAUUUGAUCCCUAAACCCGCCAUGCCUGGCAUCUCGGUCAGUGUUUUGGUCACUUUUAAUAAAAAUGUUUGCCUUUUAUUUUAUGUAAAUAGUGGCAGUUCUUGAAUUUGGCUUUCUACCUCAACACUCCAUUUUCAUUCUCCUCCCAGACGUCUUAACACUAGCAGUAUCUGACGGCCCUCGUCUCCCCUUAUCCAUUAUCAACCUCGGUGCGCAGCGCACUGUGGUCAUCUCCCGCGGGGAAAAAUACAAGAUAAUAGGAACCACCUUCCCCGGCAAAGCGAGACUCCGAAAAGAGAACGGUGAUCUGUGUUCCCUUUCCAAGUAGCAAACGAGCUCUGUGGCAAUCGAAUCCUCAAAACAGACCGGGCUCCGGUGCUCGCCAUGCCCGGCCCGGCGGCCGGCAGUAAAUCUCGGGUGUAUGCCGAUGUCAACACGUUGAAGAGCAGGGAAUAUUGGGACUACGAAACCCACGUGCCUAACUGGAGUAACCAGGAAGACUACCAGUUGGUGCGGAAGCUUGGCAGAGGGAAGUACAGUGAGGUCUUUGAGGCCAUCAACAACAAUGAGAAGGUGGUUGUCAAGAUCCUCAAGCCUGUCAAGAAGAAGAAAAUCAAGCGUGAAAUCAAGAUCCUGGAGAAUUUGCGAGGUGGAGCCAACAUCAUCCGAUUGGUGGACACAGUGAAAGACCCUGUGUCCCGAACGCCUGCGCUUGUCUUUGAAUGCAUCAAUAACACAGAUUUUAAGGAGCUCUACCAGAAGUUAACAGAUUUUGAUAUCCGUUUUUACAUGUAUGAACUACUUAAGGCUCUGGACUACUGCCACAGUAUGGGGAUAAUGCACCGUGAUGUCAAGCCCCACAAUGUGAUGAUUGACCACCAGAUGAGGAAGCUACGUCUAAUAGACUGGGGCCUUGCAGAGUUCUACCAUCCUGCACAGGAAUACAACGUCAGAGUAGCAUCUCGCUACUUUAAGGGACCUGAGUUACUGGUGGAUUACCAGAUGUACGACUACAGUUUGGACAUGUGGAGUCUUGGCUGCAUGCUUGCCAGUAUGAUAUUUCAGAAAGAGCCCUUCUUCCAUGGCCAGGACAAUUAUGACCAGCUAGUCCGAAUUGCCAAAGUCCUGGGGACAGAUGAACUUUUUGGUUACCUGCGCAAAUACCACAUUGAACUGGACCCACGCUUCAAGGACCUUCUUGGCCAACAGACGCGGAAACGCUGGGAGCAAUUUGUCCAGACCGAGAACCAGCACCUGGUUAGCCCUGAGGCUCUGGACCUGCUGGAUAAGCUGCUGCGCUACGACCAUCAGCAGAGACUGACGGCCACAGAGGCCAUGGAGCACCCCUACUUCUAUCCUGUGCUGAAGGAACAGUCUCUCUCUAAUGCGGAUGGCAAUAUGGUGUCCAGUGGAUCCACUACGGCUCGAUGAAAGCAGGAGAACAUUUGUUACCUCGACUUUUUAGCCCUUUGUGGCAGAAACUUCUUCAAGUGUACAGUGACAAUGGAUCAGAGCGACACCAGACACACACCUUCUCUUUGUCAGUCUGAGGUUGACUUGCCCCAGUUACAUGUCAAGCAGCCAGACCAAUGAGCUUGGUGUCUCACUGCUGCCCCUGUCCUUCUCUGCCCCCUUCUCUUAUCACGAGGUAAACAGAAAAUGUUCAAAGACAAGAAAAAAAAGGAUCCUUCCCUGUCAUUACCCCCCUCCCCCUUUGGCCCCCCUCCCUCGUUUAACUAAGCAUGGAGUAUGAAAAGGAACGUGAGCCUGCCCCCCUCCUUGGUCAGUCUGUCUGUUCAGUGUUCAGCCACUUGGCAGGCCUAUGCUCAGACUCCACACACUGUAGUACCAAAGUGUUAUGGUGGACCUUUUCUCUGCUUUAGGUAGAAUGAUAAUAUGAAUAAAAAUAAUACCUUUUUUUAA